GGGAUUCGGAAAAACACUUGCGCGGAUUUUCUAGCUUGAGCUGCUUGAGCGGCAAAUCAUUUUGUGGUGAUUUUUUAUCUAUAAUGCAUAUUUGAGUAAAUCAUGCUUUACUAUAUAACGAUAUUAACGAUAAACAAUAGUAAUAGUUACCGUGUAGUAUAGAGUAUAGCCACUCGCUAGCCACCGCAUACAGUUAUUCGCACACAUGCAUAAACCGCAAGCAUACGUGUGUACUCGCAGCGUCAUCUGCUAGACUGCUACGUAUAAGUAGGUACUCGUGUCGUGGGUUUUUCUCCAUCUUUUUCGUGUAUACAAAGCAGCCGUGUGAAAGCUGCGUGCUGCACACGCUAUUUCAUCACAUUAAUUAGUGUACAUAAUCAAGCCAUAAUACAAAAUGGCUACAGCUGCUGAAAGGAAAGGUACUUUCAAAGUGCAGUACCUUCAAAAAAUUGAAGAUGAGGCACACAAAAAGUGGGAAGAUCAAAAGAUCUUUGAAGAAGAUGCUCCAUCGCAACCAAGAAAGAGUAACGAUGAGAAGUUUUUUGCUACUUUUCCAUUCCCCUACAUGAAUGGCAGGCUUCAUUUGGGACAUGCAUUUUCAUUAUCAAAGUGCGAGUUUGCAGUAAGGUACAAUCGACAAUUGGGAAAGAGAGUUCUUUUUCCUUUUGGUUUCCACUGUACAGGAAUGCCAAUCAAAGCUUGUGCCGACAAACUUAAACGUGAGAUGGAAACAUAUGGAUAUCCUCCAGAAUUUCCUGCAACUGAAGAUGAACCUGUAGAAGAAGCAAAUAACGAUGUAGUCAUUAUAGAUAAAAGCAAAGGAAAGAAGAGUAAAGCUGUAGCUAAAACUGGUUCUGCCAAGUAUCAGUGGCAAAUAAUGCAAACUCUUGGACUGAAAGAUGAAGAAAUUAAACAUUUUGCUGAUGCCGCAUACUGGCUUGACUACUUCCCUCCUCUUGCUGUGCAAGAUUUGAAAGCAUUUGGUUUAUUUACGGAUUGGCGACGUACAUUUAUAACAACAGAUGCCAACCCAUUUUUCGAUUCAUUCGUAAGAUGGCAGUUUCAACAUCUUAAAGCAAGAAAUAGAGUCAAAUAUGGUAAAAGGUACACUAUUUUCUCACCAAAAGAUAAUCAACCAUGUAUGGACCAUGAUAGACAGUCAGGUGAAGGAGUGGGCCCACAAGAGUACACUCUAAUCAAAAUAAAGAUGUUAAAGCCAUACCCAAAAAAGCUUCAGUCUAUACCUGAUACAACACCUGUAUAUUUAGUAGCAGCAACUCUUAGACCAGAAACAAUGUAUGGCCAGACAAAUUGCUGGGUACACCCAGAUAUACGUUAUAUUGCUUUCUCAACUGUAAAAGGAGAAAUUUUCAUCUCGACUAAAAGAUCAGCAAGUAACAUGUCUUGGCAAGGAUUUACCAAGGAUGAAGGUAAAAUCGAUGUUAUAGUUGAAUUAACUGGAAUGGACAUCAUGGGAGUAUCAUUGAAAUCUCCUAAAACUUCUUAUGAUGUGAUCUACACUUUGCCAAUGUUGACAAUUAAGGAAGAUAAAGGUACUGGUAUUGUGACAUCUGUACCUAGCGAUUCUCCUGAUGAUUAUGCUGCACUUGUUGAUUUGAAGAAAAAACAGCCAUUUAGAGAAAAAUAUGGAAUCGCUGAUCAUAUGGUUUUGCCCUAUGAACCGGUUCCGAUUCUUGAAAUUCCAGAUUUUGGUAAACUUUCAGCUGUCACAGUUUAUGAACAAUUAAACAUACAAUCGCAAAACGAUUCAGUAAAACUGCAGCAGGCUAAAGAAAUGGUUUAUUUAAAAGGUUUUUAUGAUGGCGUAUUAUUAGUCGGUCCAUAUAAAAAUAAAAAAAUACAAGACGUUAAAAAGAAUAUAAGAGAUGAAAUGGUGAACGACAAUGAAGCUGUCGUCUAUUAUGAGCCUGAAAAAACGAUCAUUUCGCGUUCUGGAGAUGAAUGUGUAGUCGCUCUGUGUAACCAAUGGUACUUGAAUUAUGGAGAACCUGAGUGGAAAGGUUUGGCAGAGAAAGCUUUAGAAAAUUUAGAGACUUUCCAUGAUGAAGUAAGGAAAAAUUUCCAAGCAUGUCUUGAUUGGCUGCAUGAACAUGCAUGUUCAAGAACUUAUGGACUUGGCACUAAAUUACCUUGGGAUGAACAAUGGCUGAUUGAAUCACUAUCAGAUUCAACAAUUUAUAUGGCGUAUUAUACAGUUGCCCAUUUGAUUCAAGGAAAUAGUUUCAGAGGAGAUAAACCAAACACUCUUAGUAUAAAAGCUAAAGAUAUGACUCCUGAAGUGUGGGACUACAUUUUUUUUAAAGAUAGCAAAUUACCUUCUCCAGAAACUUGCAAAAUACCAAAACAGUCUCUGGAAAUUAUGCGGAGGGAAUUUCAAUAUUGGUAUCCUGUGGAUCUUCGAGUAUCUGGAAAAGAUCUAGUCCAAAAUCAUCUGACAUACUUUAUUUAUAAUCACACUGCCGUGUGGCCAAAGCAGCCAGAAUUAUGGCCAAGAGGAAUCCGAGCUAAUGGUCAUUUACUUUUGAAUUCAGCUAAGAUGUCAAAGUCUGAAGGUAACUUCUUGACUCUAUCUGAAGCUGUUAAAAAGUAUUCUGCUGAUGGCACGCGUCUCUGCUUAGCUGAUUCCGGAGAUUCAGUAGAAGAUGCAAAUUUCGUAGAGCGUACUGCCGACGCUGGUAUUCUUCGACUUUACACUUUUAUUGAGUGGGUCAAAGAAAUUGUCACGACUUCGUCAAGCUCUUUCCGUCAAGGAAAGCCUACUACUUUUAAUGAUCAAGUGUUUGAUAGUGAAAUAAAUCUAAAAAUACAGGAGACUGGUGAUAACUAUUCCAAAAUGCUUUACAAAGAAGCAUUAAGGACUGGAUUCUUUGAAUUGCAAUCGACGAAAGAUAAGUACUUACAAUUGAGUUCCUUAGAAACUGUCAACUUGGAUCUCCUAAUGCGAUUCAUAGAAGUACAAACAAUUUUACUUUCGCCAAUUUGCCCACACGUUGCAGAACAUGUAUGGGAAUUGAUUGGAAAGAAAGGUACUGUUUUGAAUGCUGGUUGGCCUAAAGUGGGUAAAAUUAAUGAAAUACUGAUAAAAUCAUCGCAAUAUCUUAUGGAUGCCGCACAUUCAUUUAGAGUACGUUUGAUUAAUCAUUCGACGGUCAAGACGAAAAAACAGCAAAAAGGUCCAGUAGCUGCGAUAGAAAAACCGACAAAUGGUACUAUUUAUGUAGCAAAAACUUGGCCUGCUUGGCAAAGUUCAGUUCUUACAAGUAUGAAAGAAAUGUACACAAAAAAUGGCAAUAAUCUUCCAGAAAACAAAGUCAUUGCAGCUGAACUAGCAAAGAAGGCUGAUCUAAAGAAAUACACAAAAAGAGUUAUGCCUUUUGUACAAAUGACAAGAGAGAAAAUGGAAUCAGUUGGCAUUGGUGCUCUUAAUUUAACUUUAGAUUUUAGCGAAUUCGAUGUCCUAACAGGCAGUAAAGAUUAUUUGCGUAAUACUCUUGAUCUAGAAGAUUUAGAAAUCAAGUUUGCCGAUGAAGCAGAAGACAAGACGAAAGAGGAGUGUUGUCCUGGAGCACCAUACAUCACUUUUUCUGUAAAACCCGGUUUACCAGUACGAUUUGUCAACCCCCAAAAAUGCAACGGCUUAUUUGAAGCAUCAAUUAAAAUAAGUCAUGGCGAUACGACAAAGCAAAUUAUUACUAGACUUGCAAAAGAAAAGAAUAUAAAAGACUCCUCCACAGUUACUCUGUAUCGCCAUGAGGAUCCAGUUCUAGGUCCCCGUGUGAUCCCAACUGAAAAUAUUUUCUCAAAUAAGCAAAAAUUAUCAGAUGAUGCAGUAUUUUCUUUAGACUUGGAAAAAGAAGUAGUAAGAAUUCAAGUUGGAAAUAAGACUCAUGACAUAGGUGGAGAAAUUAUAUAUUGUGCUGAAAUAUAGCAGAUGCUCUAAGCUGGAAAAGAAUCUGUAUUUUUAAAAGAUGCACGCUCCAAGAGCUAUGAAAUGUUGUAUUAUUUAUACAUUUAACUGAAAUUUUGUUAAAUAUAUUUAUCAUAAUAAAUUAUAAAAAAUCAAA